GCUACUAUCGCGCUAGCUUUGCGGUGGCUGACAAGUUAUGUCAGCAAGCGCAAACAAGUUGUACGAAGCUACUGCUGCUCUUGUAUUUAGCCAGCUAGCCUACGUGGAUAACCGUCACUCUGUCUGUCUGUCUGUCUGUCUGUCUGUCUGUCUGUCUGUCUGUCACUAUUAGCUACGGAAAUGGACGAGGGUCUCUGUUAGCUGUCCCUUUCCCGAGUACUGAAAGCAGCGCUUUACGCAGUGGCUGUUUAGCACAACAAUGUCAAAUAUAUACCUGUGUAUGAACAUCUAUCUAUCUAUCUAUCUAUAUCUAUCUAUAUAGAUAUAGAUAUAGAUAAAUGCACACGUGUUAUCUAUCUAUCGAUUAUUAUCUAUCUGAUGGAUACAACUCUGUGUAUCCGGAACAUAUAUAUGUACAUAACAUCCGACUAUUUUUAUAAUAAAUGAUAACACCAAAUAUGAAAUGAUAAUCGUGUCCAUAAAUAUUCAAAAUAAUAAUUACUGAACUAUAAAAGAGAGCAAAGAGAACAAAAACUUUGUUUCAUGAGCACAAAACUCGCAAACGAGUUUUCCUGGACGAAGGGCUCGCGGACAUGACGAGGCGGCGCGUGGACCUUCUAGAACAUUGUCGGAGCCGCAGCGGCGCGAAAAAUCCACUGCUGUCCAUCCUGAACCGAGAAAGAAUGGCGUUAAGAAAAGUUCUUUCGUCGAAGCCCCAAACCCCUUACUUUAAGCCCCCGGCAAUACACAUUUGUGUGGUUGCACUGAAGGACCAGCAUAGGGUCACGAGGUGGGACUUCCAGGACGGCAGAGCGGUGGCGGCCGUCACAAAAGCUAAUGCCGUCAUGGCCAUCAGCGACGGGCACUCCGUGGCCAAAGUGACCCUGUAUGAAGACCUGAAGGCCCAAGUUCAAGAGGGUGCUUCCUACGUGGUUCGUGGCUAUAACCUGAGGGGCAAUUCCCCUCCAUAUGCCUUUAAUGUCUCAAGGGAGACAGAAUUCUUUCGAAGCAGCGCCCUCGUCAUCGACGAGAAAUUACAAAACGAGGCCUUGAGGCUGAUCAAUCCUCGCUCGCCCCUGACCCCCCUCAGCACCUGCAGGGAAUCUGCUGGUCUGGUCACGGUGGAAGGGGAGGUGGUCGAGGUAAGUAACUUUCCGUUUAACGGGACUGCGAUAUAUAUAGCCAAUGUAGGUUGUUGCUGUAAAAUUAAGAGUGUAAGUCCGCCGGACUGCAGCUAUGAGAACAUUAACACCCAAAUCCACUGUGUUCAGGUGUCUGAGCUGAAGGAGGUGGUGGUGGCGAGGGACCGCGUGCCACUGCAAAACAUCACGUUGAAGCAGGGGGAAACAAAGGUGCCCGUGUCCCUCUGGAGGGAAACCGCCCUCCACUGCUGUGAGAUCGGGAACGUCCUGAGAGUGUCCCACCUGAGAGGGUCGGAGUCCAAUUAUGGAUUCCGGCUCCAAACAACGGUGGAGUCAGCAAUUGAGGCGGUCAGUUCCACGGCAGCGGAGGAGGUUGGAGUUUACGGGGCAACACCGGCACGCGGGGCUCCCGGAAGCCUAAAAGUGCUCCUGGAGGACGACAGGACGCUGUUCAUCGAGGAGAGCAAGUGGCUGCCAAUAGCUGCCAUAAUGGAAGCGCCACCCUUACCGGUCAAAAUAACCGUUAAAGGCAACACCAUUGUCGCCAUUGAAGCCAUGCGGAAGGAGGAGUAGCUGUUUGA